GAGACCUGCGAGAGAGAGAGAGAGAGAGAGAGAGGAGAAAGUGGGAACCAACAGAGUCGAGAGGCAGAAAGGAGAGAGAGAUGGAAAGGGUGUUUUCAGUGGAAGAAAUUUCAGACCCAUUUUGGACACAAACACCACAAAUACCUGGUAGUGGUGGUGGUGGUGAAGAUCAUCAUAUGAAUAGAAGUUCUUCAGAAUGGGCUUUUCAAAGAUUCUUACAAGAAGCUGUUACUUCACCAACUAAUUCUCUUUCUUCUUCUACAUCUAAUACAGUUGUUCCUCUUUUUCCUCCUUCUACUCUCCUACCUUCUUCUUCAGCAAGAAGUCCUGAUGAAGAAGUUAUUGAGAUCAAGGACAAUAACCAUCAUCAUCAUGUUCAGAACCAUCAUCCUUUACCUUCUUCUGAUCCAUUAUUAAAAUCUCCAAUUGAUGCAAAAGAAUAUCAGGAAAUUCUUAAACAGCGUCUUACUGAAGCUUGUGCUGCUGUUGCUAUGUCUCGGGUGUCUACUGUGAAAUCUCAGGACUCUACAACUUUUCCUAACACUGGGGUGCAAGUCUCAGAUGCUUUGCCAUUAGAAUCUCAAGCUACCUCUAAAGGAUUUGGAUAUAAGUUCUCGAGUGUACAAAAUAAAGCUGUUGGUGGGGGACCAGUAGGCAUUCCAGCGUUUCCUGCCGUGCAGAAAAUUUCAGGGGUGCCGGUUAGGCCAACAACUAGUGGUUCGUCAAGAGAGCAGUCAGAUGAUGAUGAUCUUGAAGGAGAAACAGAAAUGACGGAUAAUAUGGAUUCUACCGAUGUGAAACGUGUAAGGAGGAUGCUGUCAAAUAGGGAGUCAGCUAGACGCUCUAGAAGAAGAAAGCAAGCACAUCUGAGUGAACUUGAGGGACAGGUGGCACAAUUAAGACUUGAAAACUCAUCAUUACUGAAGCGCCUCACUGAUAUAAACCUUAAGUACACUGAAGCUGCUGUUGACAAUAGAGUUCUCAAAGCAGAUGUUGAAACUGUGAGAGCAAAGGUGAAAAUGGCUGAAGAAACUGUUAAGAGAAUGACUGGAUUGAGUAAUCCACUUUUCCAGGCCAUGCCCGAUUUCUCCAACAUGGGCAUGCCAUAUGCGGGUAGCCCUACUCUGACCGACUCUAGUGCAGAUGUUUCUGCACCAACUCGUGGCGGGAGAUUGAACAAUGGAUUGGCUGAUUCUUCUCCUGUUAUGUCCGGGGAAAGCAUGCAGAACAACAAGAUGGGUCCAACAGGUGGCCCUGUGCAGUGGGAUGCAGGAUGGGGAGGACCAACAAACCCUUCAAGCAGCACAGAGCGCUAACAAACAUACAUUUAUGUCUGAGCAAGUUAUGCGCAAGGAAAGAUACUUGUAUUAUUAGUUAUAGGCCAAAAGUGCAUGUAAGUACCUGAAUUUGUAUUGGUAAUUGGUAUAGUGGCAUACUCAUGUUACCUGGAAACUUUUACAUCAAUAGAACAUUUUGGGGGGGAUUAUUUAUGUUCGAUCCUCAUAAUGAUGGUAAAAAUUUGAUAGUCAGAUAGUCGUAGUUUAGCUUUGGGGGUCUAAAAUAAGAGUGAUUUGCCUGACUUGAGCAAACAUUUGUAUUAAGAAGCUAAUUAGUGGAAUUCAAGUGAAUAAUUAAAAA